CUCUGACGCAGCCCCCUCCUCGACAGCUGUCACCACGGCAAGGGACACACUCACACUUCACCCCAUCAACGCCCCACGUGACAGCGCGCCGAGCCAUUCACGAACCGUCCCGUCAACGGCAGGGAUCGCCAGAUCGAUUCACGCAUCUGCAACUUUUGCAGACAUAGCUCGCCGCAAAUCCGAAACGACUACAAGAAGACGCAAUCACGGAUUAAAAAAAAAUAUCAAUAACAAUUCUCACAGUCCCUCUUCUUGCUUUCUUCUUGGAUUGAACCGAAAUUUCUGGCCAUGACGAGACCUGAAAGCCACUCCCCCGAGCUCCCUGACGACAUGGACGACGACGAAGCUCUGCGCUAUGCCAUCGCCCUCUCUUUGCAAGAUCAGGCUUCUUCCGCCACACCUAUCGUGAUUGAUGAUUCCGACGACGACGGAAAUGACAAUGACGGCUCAUCCACCGCAAGCUCUGAGAAUGCAACGCAGCAGACGACACAAACGCAGUCACACUCACACUCACAUUCACAGCCGUCGUCAUCGUCGCAGCAGCAAUCCCAGUUCGGCUCCCUCUUCCUCGACCGCAAAGCCAUGGAACAGGAACGAUUGAACCGCCUAGCAAAGCGCCAACGCCCUCCCCCUGACAAUGACGAAGAUGAAGACGUCGUUGAAGUACCUCCCCCGAAGAAACUGGCCACUGGAGCUCCCGCCGAGGGCAAUAUCAAGACGCCCGGAGCAUCAUCUACACCACUAGCAUCAGCCUCAACUGCAACAAUCGAGAAAUGCAGCAACAUCAGCAACAUCAGCAGCGUGCCAUACCCAAACCCCACGGUCAAACGAACCUGGGCCCGCGGCACUGCACGCACUGGCGAUGAAAUCACCAUCGAGGACGUCUUCCAAAGGGACAAGCUCGAGCUCGCCGUGCUCUCAUCCUUCCAAUGGGACGAAGAGUGGAUGCUAUCAAAGCUGGAUUAUGUGAGGACGAAGAUCUUGCUGCUGGCAUAUGCCAGGGAUGAGGCUCAGAAAACCCUCAUGCGAAGCAACGUCCCCGCCAACAUCAAGUUCUGCUUCCCUCCCAUGCACGGCGUCGGCGCGAUGCACUCCAAACUGCAGCUGCUCAAGUAUCCGAACCAUCUCCGCGUCGUCAUCCCAACGGGCAACCUUAUGCCCUACGACUGGGGAGAAACAGGGGUCAUGGAGAAUAUGGUAUUUCUAAUCGAUCUACCAAGGCUGGAAAAUCCCGCCUCACCCCAUGCCAGCACCGCCCAUAGCCAUGCGCCGACCAGGUUCUAUUCAGAACUAGUGUAUUUCUUGCAGGCAACGGGCGUAGGCGAAAAGAUGGUUGCCAGUCUCGCAAACUACGAUUUCUCCAGGACGGCGGAUAUCGCCUUUGUUCAUACAAUACCCGGAAGUCACUCGGCGCAGAGUGCACAACAUAUAGGAUACUGUGGCCUCGCAGCUAGCGUAGCUGACCUCGGGCUAGCUACUUCCGACCCUGUCGAUGUCGACCUCGUGUGUGCGUCGCUGGGAGCGCUGAACCACCAGAUGGUACGGGCCAUAUACAAUGCCUGUCGAGGCGACGACGGCAUAGACGAAUUCAAGAAACCGGGCAGCACUAGCUCUAGGUCUUCCACCAAAAAUCCGACGGAGGCGACGUCUCAGGAGCAACUGCUGCGAGAAAGAUUCCGCAUCUACUUCCCCACGGACCAUACAGUGUCGAAAAGCAGAGGCGGGCGCAAUGUGAGUUGUGACCCCCGAGUCAUUUACACGGCUGGACCAACCAAUCCCGUGUCAUUUACUCAUUUACACGGCUCGGCCAACCAAUCCUGUGCCAUCUCUAAUCACAUCUCUUUUUGCAAUCGGCCAUUGAUUAACGUAAAAAUGACACGUACGCAGGCGGGAGGCACGAUAUGCGUGCAGGCCAAGUGGUGGCGGUCGCCGAAUUUCCCCAGAGAGCUUGUGCGAGACGUAAUAUCCCGUGACCGGCUGCUCAUGCACAGCAAGAUGAUAUUCGUGCGUCGUCGGGUCGGAGAUAGCCAGGCGAUACGGCAGUCUCCAGGCUGGGCUUAUGUAGGCAGUGCCAAUCUUUCCGAGAGCGCCUGGUGAGUCGAGAGUUUUGUGCCGCACACCCCUCCCCGUUUUGAACGGUCUCUUUUUCCCUCCUCUCUUUGAUCGCGCCGGUUGAAAAUGAUGAGUAUUAUAUUAGAGGCUGAC